AUGUCAACAGAUCAGAAGAACAAGGAGCGUAUCACCAUGACCCUUUCAGACGCCGAUGGGUUUGUUCGCGUUUCUUUAGGCGCCGCCGCGGAGCAGAUCGACCUCGGAGAAGACGAAGAUGAAGAUAUCGCAGGAUCGGGAGCUGAGCAGAAGGACGAGAUGAUGGAGGAUAGUUCGUGGCUUGACCUUGAGGAGGAGUUUCCGGAAUUGGAAGGAGUAGAAGCACCGGACGACGACGGCAUGACUGCCUUGCUGAACUCGACCAGCGACCUCGGGGACGUUGAGCUCGACGAUCUCAUGGAGAUCGAGAGGGAAUUUCCUGAAGAGGGCGCGGCCACGAGACCAUGUGUCAAUGGCGAUAACGCGCACUCCGUGUACCGUAGCGACGACGACGUGUCAAGAUCGCCACCAGAUCGUCCUGCGACCCCUACCUUUCCUCCCGGCCUCUUCUUCAACGACGACGACCAAGCACCGGCUCCAGUAGUCUCUCAUCGCCCUUCUCACCCCGACUUUGAAGUUGCGGGCCGCUACCUCAUUGAUGACCUCAAUGACGAGCCUUACAUUGUGGAGGGUGGAAAUCAUGAAGAGGGGGUUGUCGAAGAUGACCGAGUCGCCGAUGGCAGCGUUAGGUUUUCCGAGGCAGUCCAGACGAGAGCAGAGUGGGAGCUUAGCUGCGAUCCAAUCCUAGGGAAGUAUCGUGCCAAAAGCGGCUCGAACCUUCGCUUCUGUUGGACAACUCGCUACUCUUUGUGA